CCAAAAAGGCUGUUGUUAAGACCACCUCUGGCUGCUAAAGCUCAAGUCAUUUUCUACCCUUCUUUUCUCACGCUUUGCGUUUUCUCAGAAUCCAAACACUCGAGGGAGGGAAAGGGGAAAAAACCCAGAAAGGAGGAGGUUAAAAAGCUGAGAACUUUGGUCGGUUUUACUCGGGAAAGUUGAGUUUUUAUUUUUCGUUUUUGGUUGGCUUUGGAAGACUAAGAAGAAGAGAUAUGGGUGAUAAUGAUGACGGUUUGGGGUUGAGCUUGGGAUGUGCUCAAAAUCAGCCUUCUUUGAAGUUAAAUCUCAUGCCUUUAGCUUCGCCCCGCAUGCAAAAUCUUCAGCCCAGGAAUACUUGGAAUGAGCUGUUUUCGUCUUAUGAUCGACACUUGGAUACAAGGUCAUUUCAUCGAGGAAUCGAUGUGAACCGGGCUCUCACAACUGUCGAUUGCGGGGAAGAAGGUGGCGUGUCGUCGCCUAACAGCACCAUUUCUAGCAUAAGUGGAAAGAGGAACGAGAGAGAGAACGUGGGUUAUGAAACAGAGGCCGAUAGACCUUCUUGCUCUCAGGCUAGCGAUGAUGAAAAUGGCACUGCCGGGGAUUCCUCCAGAAAGAAACUCAGGCUUUCCAAGGAACAGUCCUUGUUGCUGGAAGAGACCUUCAAGGAACAUAGCACCCUUAAUCCGAAACAAAAGUUGGCACUGGCAAAAGAAUUGAAUCUGAGGCCUAGGCAAGUGGAGGUUUGGUUCCAGAACAGAAGGGCCAGGACAAAGUUGAAGCAGACGGAAGUUGACUGUGACUAUCUCAAGAAAUGUUGCGAGAAUCUGACGGCAGACAACCGGAGAUUGCAGAAGGAAGUGCAAGAUCUUAGAGCAUUAAAAUUAUCCCCACAGCUGUACAUGCACAUGAACCCUCCUACUACACUCACUAUGUGCCCGUCUUGUGAGCGUGUGGCGGUUUCUUCUUUGUCAUUGACGCCAACCUCUGCGGUAGCUGCCUUGUCCGUCCCCAACCCUACUUCAGCCAUUUGGAACCAACAACAGCCGUUGCCUGUUAGUCCUUGGGCAGCAAUGCAGAUUAGUGAUCGACCCUUUAAUCCGGCCUCUGCAUCUAGAUCCUAAUCACAUAUAUAGUCAAUGGUGGUGGGUACUGAUUAGGGUACCAUUUUUAUUAAAGCCUUGUUUCUUUUUGGACUAUAAAAAGGGGAUGUAAAGGGUGGAGUAGUGAUAGAUGCUUAUGUUUAUCAACAAGGAGGGGAAGGAGAUAAGGAAGUGUGACAGAAGAAUCUGGGUUAAUAUUGUUAUGAUGUUUUUUUUUGGAAGGCAAAGGUGAGAAGCAGAAAUGAAAGGAUGGGGAUAACAUCAACAGAUUCUAAUGAAUGAAUAAUAAAGAUAUGGAAAGAUAAGACUUUGUUUUAACCCUUUUGUUAACUUAUUGGUAGCUUUUUACAUGUGAAUUGUUGUCCAAUGAAACUUUGGUCAGAUUCCCAUU